AUGAUCACCAUUAUCCGAGUAUCCAUGGGGGCCAUCGUAGAGAGCUCUCUGAGCCAAGCAGCCUGGAUCUGGGUAUCUCAAGCCCGGCAGCAAAGUUGCAGACACAAAGCGCGACUUGGCGACUUCAAGAUAUUCGAUGAAGCAUCACGAGGGUUGUUGGGAAGUCUGAAUCUGCUCUGGCAUCUAAAAAUAAGCCACGUGGCUUGUGUGGGUGCUAUUAUUGUUGUUCUUGCCCAUGGAUUCGAGGCGUUCAGUCAACAGAUGGUCAUUCUCGAGCAGCGACCCCUUGCGAAUAACAACGCCACAUUGUCACCGCCAAGGAGCGAGAGCAUUUCGGUGAGGAAUGGCCAGCAACAACAAACUCUCCUCGGAACCUGGCCCGAGACACGACUUGCGUACCCCAACAGUGUUCACGGAUCAGAAUAUGUGUUUGUCAACACAACCUCUGCGCUCGAUAUCCCUAACGAUGCGAGAUAUGUGGUCACGACGGACGCUCUGACAGCUCUCCGGAAUUUCAUGGGACCUUUGUUCAUGGGGGCCGUAAACGACAAUGCAGCAGCCAUUGACUACUCUUCUGACUGGAUCGAGGCUAUUUGGAAUGCGACGUACGACCUUCCUGGAUGGAUGUCGACUUUCACCAAGACUCUGACAAAUGAGGUACGGCAGCAAGGGACGAUCUCGGAUCAGUCGGCGCAAAGCUAUGAUGGGCAUGGCACACGAAUGGCACCGUUCAUCAAGGUGCAGUGGGUUUGGAUGAUGUAUUUCGCUGGUCUCAUUCUUGCCAGUGUGUAUUACCUCUUGCACGUCAUCGUCGAAGGAAACAGAGACAGAUUGUCCGCCUGGAAGAGUGAUGCUUUGCCCAUGCUCUUCUGUCGAAUCGAUUCCCGUAUUCAUGAGCGCGUGGGCGAUGGGAUGGAUCUUCCCGGAGGUCUGGAGGAUCGCGUAGGACAGGUCAAAGUUGCAUUGGAGCGAAAUGGGCAAGGAGAUUGGACUUUCAGGAUGAGGGAUGACGGGUCACUGGCUGAUGACAGGCCGGCCGAAGGACCUCCCUCCUGA